GGAGGAUAACGAUGACGAUGUCUCCUGCAACAUUCAUUAACUUCUAAAAGUGACCAGUGUCUAAUUUCUCGGUCAAACAUUAAGGAUUCCUUGGGUGGAAACACUAAGACAUUGAUGUUUGCAUGUCUGAGUCCUGCUGACAACAACUACUAUGAAACUCUGAGUACUUUGUGCUAUGCAAAUCGUGCAAAGAAUAAUAAGAAUAAACCCAAGAUCAGUGAAGAUCCAAAAGAUGCACUUCUAAGGGAAUACCAGGAGGAAAUCCAGAAACUUAAAGCAAUGUUGAUGGGGCAGAUGGAAAUUCCAACAGAUUUUGCAACAGCUGGAGCCCAGCCCUUUGUUCCUGCUCGUCCUAUAGCUGCCCCACCAGAGGAUCACACAGUCAUUGUGGCCAGGGAAACUGAAAAUCUCAGGCAAGAGUAUGAGGCAAAGCUGGCUAAGAUGAAAUCAUCUUAUGAAGCAGAACUUAUGUCCAAACAGAAGCUCCAAGUAGAAAUGGAACAGCUACAAAAUGAUUACAACAGAAAGGCACACAAUGUUGAAGAACAGUACAGUGGCAGGACUGCUUUGACAACAGUCACCCCAGUAGGGGUGGGGACAGGUGAUCUGCCAGAAGAGAGUGCUAUCAGUAUGAUUGCCUUGGCAAAUGAGACGGAUCAGCGACCAAACGCAAGAUUAGAUGUGAUAACAGGACCUUUACAAGGCAUGCAAGAUUCAGGCCAUGAUCAGAGUAGUCAGAGUGCAUUUCAGGUGGUUCAAGACAAGGCUUUUAAGGGUGUCCAGGGGGUGAAAAGCCUUAUACCAGGACUUGAAGACUUACGGUUUUUAAGUCAGGGCCUUCCAAACGAUGCACUGGUCAAAACACUGCAAGAACUUCAAGAGAAAUUUGUGGGUGGCGAGAAAAAAAAUGACCAGAGGUUAAAAGAGAAGAGAAAGGCAAGGAAAAACUAUGCUCUGUCACAAAGAGAAAAACUUGCCAAGGCAGCCAAGAAGAUGGAAGAUGAUGGAAUAAUGGUUAAAGUUUACGAUAAUUUACAGGAUGAAAUAAAAGGCAAGAACAAUGUCAUCAAUGAGAUGCAAGGGAAAUUAAAGUCUGCGCAGUCAGAGUUCGACGAUCUGCAAACAGAAUUCGAACGCGAUCGUGAAGAUUACUUGGAAACGAUUCGUAAACAGGAGCAAAUGAUAAAGCUUCAGCAACAAAUUUUAGAUAAGAUACAGCCAUGCAUUCGCCGUGACUGUAAUUAUUAUAACAUUGACAAGAUGCGCGCGGAGAGCUCGUGGAGCGACGAAUUAGGAAAAUGGAACAUCCCUGAACUUGUCAUUACGAAGACGACUCUUCCAACCCCAGGGAUUAUGCCGGGUGCGGGUACCCCCGCCCGAGGCCGGAAGUCCCCCAUUAAUAGACCCCAGAUGAACAGUCAAAGCCAACCUGUUAAUGGACACAUGGGGGGGUAUCCUGAGGAGCCAAGCGAAGAUCUCUUUCUGAAACAUCUCUCGCGGAGCUCUCAUGAAGAUUACGCAUCGAGUUAUUUUAAACCCAAGAGAGCUGGCCGCCUUUUGGCUGAGAACAACCGGUUUGAACGAUUCGACAGACGAGAGUCACCACCCUCAGGGGGAUCCCGCCCUCCGCUCGGAUUCCUAGGGGCUGGAGGAUCAAGCGGAAACUUAACCAGUGGGGCAUCCCAGGGAAGUGUGGGCGGGAUGCCCGCUAUGGGAAGACCGGUCAGACUUGAAUCACUGCACAUGCCUGGAGAAAAGGAGAAAAAGAAAAAGAAGAAUAAGAACGUAGACGAGAAAAGAAAGGAAGAUUGGUGAUUGAACUACUUGGCGUACUAUUGUUAUUGAUAUUUGGACAAGAAAUUUUAGGAGAAAGUUUACGUUUACUAAACCUUGAAACUUCAGCCUGAAUUCUGAGAAAUUGCAAACUCUAUGAAAUCUUAGUAGUUUUCUAUCGUCAUGGCGACUCUUACGUAAUUGCGUGAUGCGAUUGGGAUAUUUACCAAGACUUUCUUCACGUGAGCAUGAAAGCUCAUUUUCCGUGAAAGCGAUAUUCAGGUCAAAGGUUCACACUUUUCCGCAUUUAUUUCUGAGAACACGUUGCGGAGAUACACGUACAAAAUACCAUAGAUGCUGUAAAUAAAAAUCGGUCUGUACAUUAACCAGCUGUACAGUAUGUACUUUAUGUAUAAUAUGAGCUGUUACAUAGAGAAAUGGGAAUGGUUUCUGUGACUUAAUGUAUACUGAAUUUUCAACCGAUUGUCUGGCCCUAAAGUCAACCGUGCGCCAAAGAUUUUCAUUUUCUAUAUCAUGUGUGCAUUUCUCCCUUUCUAGGGAAAAGGCUUUGCAUGAAUUGGUUUGUAGUUCUGCGUAUUUCGCAAAUAAAGACAAAGUGUGGAAGUGGAUACCUUCUUUGA